CCGCCCGAGAGUGCACCUCGCGGUGCGUUCUGGGAAGCGUGGUCCCGGAAGGACCCGCGGAGACGACCACCCUGAGACUAGGCCCGGGAGGAAGCAAAAUACGCUGCGAGCACGGGAAGGUAGUUGGAGCCCUAACAAUGGAUAAGUUUGUCAUUCGAACUCCUAGAACUCAGAAUAGCCCACAGAAGAAAGGUACUGGAGGAAAGAUUUACAAGCAGGCCACGAUUGAAUCUCUAAAGAGAGUUGUGGUUGUAGAAGAUAUAAAAAGAUGGAAAACUAUGUUGGAGCUUCCUGACCAAACCAAAGAGAAUCUAGUUGAAGCCUUACAAGAAUUAAAGAAGAAGAUACCCUCCAGGGAAAUAUUAAAAUCAACAAGGAUAGGUCAUGCUGUUAACAAGAUGCGUAAACACUCAGAUGCAGAGGUGGCUAGUCUGGCCAAAGAAGUCUAUACUGAAUGGAAAACUUUCAUUGAAAAACAUUUGGAUAGACCUGCUAUUGAAGUUCGAAGUGAUCCCAAAACAGAGUCAUUUAGAAAAAAUGCCCAGAAAUUACUUUCAGAAGCCUUGGAAUUAAAGAUGGAUCACCUACUGGUUGAAAAUAUUGAGCGGGAAACGUUUCAUCUCUGCUCCCGCCUCAUUAAUGGGCCAUACCGGCGGACGGUGAGAGCUCUGGUCUUCACAUUAAAGCACCGAGCUGAGAUCCGGGAUCAGGUGAAGAACGGCUCGCUGCCGGUCGGCACGUUUGUACAGACCCACAAAAAGUGACCCAGGACGGUUCCAGCCCUGGGCUGGGCAGAGAGGAAAAGGAGCUUCUCUUUGCCAUUCAAAGACUCUUUUGAGUUUGGGUGACGGCGGGUGCUGGCUGUGCUAAAUUUUCCCAUGGUGCCAUUCCUUCAGACAGGAGGCGGGAGCCGUGGGAGACAGGCCUGCAGGAUCAUGCUUCAUUAGCUGCCGUGCGCGGGUGCUGCCUAACAGGACGCACGCCGGCUGUCACUGGGAAGCACCAUACGGUUGCCAUCACCCAACACGGGGGAAGGGUGAUGGAUUUCACUGUGAGCAUGCCAAGGACACCUCUAAACUUCCCCAUGUCAGGCAGAUGAAGUUACCACUUUAUUUCACCACCCUGCAGGUAACUGAAACUCAAUUACCGCUGCUGCUCACUCGGUUCCAUCCCCCUGAGUUUAGACAGCUCCGGUGCCUCUCAGAACUCCCUGUCUGUUCUCUUUGCUCUACCCCAGGGGUGAGCCUGCCAGAGCCUUCCACUAGCCCUGCUUUCCACAGCUCACUUAUCUGAGUGGUUCAGCUCUCCCUGGAAGACCUUCUGCGUUGGUCUCCGGAGCCCCCAUGCUGAGGCUUCUAAUGAGGAACUGGCCCAAAGCCUUCCCCGCACUUCGGGGUUUAUUUGAAUAUUUUGGCUCUCAGACUCUGUAGAAGAUGCAUAAUGAAAUUGCUCUUGCAAUGAAUUACUGCCGUUGGAAAAAAACACAAACAUAAGAGAUUUUAAAAUGCAAUACUUCCAUAGGGCCUGCCCAGUAAACA